AUUCAGAUUCUCUCUUCUGCCCCAACAUGAGGCCCGUUUCUGCAGUUCAAUCCGAGCCGUACGAUCCAAAUCCUAGGGAUCGGAUUAUAAUUGCUCUCACCCCCCACAUGAGGCCCAUUUUGCAGCACGCCCCCUGCAAAAACUGGACCAUCGCACAAAGCCCCAGUUUCCUUCAGCAAAUCAGAGCUCCUCGUCUUCUUCCCCAAAUCACAUCACGCGCGCAUCUCUCUCCCCACGAAAGCAGCCAAACCCUACGGCAAGAUGUUCGGCGGCCUGUACGGCGACCUGCCGCCGCCAUCGUCUGCCGGCGACGACGAAAAGGCCUCCACCGCCGCCGUCUGGUCCAGCGCCACCAAGAUGGCACCGCCCACCCUCCGCAAGCCCGCCUCCACCUUCGCUCCUCCCCCGUCCCUCCUCCGGAACCAGCACUCGCGGCCGCCCAAGGCCGCCUCCGCUCCCACCAUCGAGGCCGCCGCACCCGUACCCGCCCCUGCCGCCUCCUUCCAGCCCGCAUUCGUCGCGGUACAGUCCACCGUGCUCGAGGAGUACGACCCCGCCAGGCCCAACGACUACGAGGACUACCGCAAGUACAAGCUCCGGCGGGCCAAGGAGGCCGAGCUGAGCAAGGAUCUCGAGCGGCGGCGGCGCGAGGAGCAGGAGAGGGCGAAGGAGCGCGAGCAGCGGGAGAGGGAGGAGCGCGAGCGCGAGGAGAUGGACUACCAGUCCAGGGCCUCCUCCCUCAACAUAUCCGGCGAGGAGGCGUGGAAGAGGAGGGCGGCGAUGAGCGGCGGCUCUUCUGCUCAGACGAUCCCCUCGUCCCCGCCUCACGGGGAUGGGUUCGCCAUCGGGAGCUCCUCUUCCGCUGGGUUGGGCGUGGGCGCUGGCGGCCAGAUGACCGCCGCUCAGAGGAUGAUGGCCAAGAUGGGGUGGAAGGAAGGCCAGGGGCUCGGCAAGCAGGAGCAAGGAAUCACCGCACCUCUAGUCGCUAAGAAGACCGAUGGGAGGGGAGGGGUUAUAGUUGAUGAGAACAAUUCCAGGCUGGAAAAGAAGCCAAAAUCUGUCAACUUUGACGGCCUGCCGACACGAGUUUUGCUGCUUCGUAACAUGAUUGGUCCUGGUGAGGUUGACGAUGAGCUGGAAGAUGAGGUGGCAUCCGAGUGCGCUAAGUAUGGGACGGUGUUACGCGGUCCGAGUGGCUACAGUGUUUCUGCAGGACUGCUACAGUCCCCCCCUCUGGACCCACUACCAGUCACUGUAAACAGUACUGCUACAGCGUCGCUACAUUGA